AUGAAUGAUCAAAGUUUUGAUGAAUCGUCUUUCAAUCCUGACGACAGUAUUCUAAGCAAAAGAGGCUAUGUUAAAGACAGUUUGAAUCUCAUAGGGGAGAAGAAGGAACGUCUGAAAGAGGCGAUGAAGACAGUCUCCGAGGCUGAGCAGCCUGACCUCGAGCUCAUGAGCAAGCUUUUGGCAGCUUAUGAUAGUAUGACAAAACAAGAAAAUCAGUAUUUGGAAGUAAUGAAGAGUAUUGUGGUCAUCCAUGAGCAUGCUGUGGAAGAUGUUGCCAAAGAUCUUGCUAUUUCUAAAUCUGAAGUUCCUGCUUUACCUGAAGUUAAUAAUAUUAUUCCAAAAUCGGAUAAGCCAGCUGAAAAUCCAGCAACUGAUACCGAUAUCCAAGAACUCGUUGAAACUUUAAAAGAAAUUCAUGAAGUCUCGAAACAAACAGCUUUGGCUGCUCAAGUUAACGAGCAAUUACAAGAGAGACUUAAUCUUCAUAAGAAGAAGAAAGCAAAUCUUCAAGAGAUUAGAAGAGAUAAAGCUAAAGAGCUUCAACAGAAAUCAAGUGAAACAAUGACAACAGUCGAAUUGACGAAGAAGAAAAUUGAAAAUGAGAGAAAUUCAAAAAAACAUUUGGAAAAAGAACUUGACAGAUUACGUAAAGCUGCCCUUCAAAAAGGAAUUGAAUUGGGCAUUGUUGAAGAUCAGAUGAAAGAUGCAGCCAUCAAAGCUAUUAGUCAUCUAACAGAUGAAGCACAUCGCAUUCCUCCAACAACUGAUGAAACGCCAGAAGAGCGUGAUGAGAAGCCGGAACUUACGGAAGAGGAAAAGCUGGAACAACGACGUAUCGAAAUUCGUGAGAAUGUUCGUAAAGAACGUGAAAGAAAGGAACAAGUUAAUCAGUUAAUUCGUGAAAAAUUGCUUGCUUUUGAAGCUCGGAAAGAACGGGUCAGACAGCUGCGAGAGAUGUUAGAGUUCACUAACAAGCAAGUUAUUGCUCAAGUACACACAGAGAAGUUGAAAGCUGAAGCUGAAGCUGCUGGACAAGCUGCUGCUGAAUCUGCAGAACAAGCUAAAGAAGUCGUUCCCGAAAAAUUGUCUGACAAAACAGAAAUUUCUAAUGCUUCAUCGGAAGUCAAAGAGAACCCUAAUGUUGAGCCAACAGCUGAAGAACCUGCGAAAGCUGUUACCGAAGAGAAAGCUUCUCCAGCAGAAGUUCAACCAUCUGCCGUUGAAGAAGUAAAAGAAACAUCUGAAACAGACGACCUGCCAAAGAUUGACGACGAACAACAAGACACAUUAGCGAAUGAAGAGGAUCCAGAAAACAACUUCGAUAACCUGACAGAAGAAGAACGUCAUGCGAUGGAGCAAGCACAGAAAGAGCUGAAUGAAACACUGCGUAACGCAACAAUGAAUCUUCAGAAUCUACAGUUGAUGCGAAUGCGAUUAGAGGACUUACACAGUCGUGGAGGAGAUCUAUCUGCUGAAGAAGCUCAUUUCAUUGAAAUGCUCGAAGAUACCUUGCCACCAUCAUUAGAUGAUCUGAAGAUAGUACAAGAGGGAGAUGAAGUCGAUGAAGUAGAUGACGAUAAGCCACCUCCACCACCAACCUCAUCACCUCCAGCAAGUCCCGUCGAAACAGAGAUUGAAGAUAUCGUUCGUCAGAAAUUCGUCUCAGCCUUUAAGCUUAAGUCAGCCAGAUCACUCCUAGAUUCAUUUUCUCCUGUUGAUUCUGCAAAAGAACAGAAACCUUCUAUCACCAACUUACAACUCGAUCGAAUGGAAGUGCUACUUCGACAACAAAUGAAUGAUAUUGGACAAAUCAGAGAAAUGGUUUGUCCGGCUGCUUCUAAUCUAUCCAUUACUAAAUCAGCUUUACUUCGUGCUUCAUCAAGCUUGCUCAGCUCACUAGCUGAUGUGUUAAGCCAGAUGGCUUCUGGCCAACAUACAUCUGCUCGUGAAUUGGAUAAUUUGCUAAUUCAACUUUAUCAAGCUGAUAGUACUGUAAUAUCAAACACAUCACCACAGGAGACUACUAAUCAUCCGAUUGUUAAAGCUCCCAAAGGUGUGCUGAUUCAUUCACAGGGCGCUGAGUGUUCGAAGGAAGAGUACUACCAACCGAAUGCUGACCAAAAGCAUUAUGCACACAAACAGAAAAACUUAGAAAGUGUUCGUUUCGCCAAUGUAGUUGAAGAAAAAGAAUGUGAAAGACAACACUGUGACAGUUCAUCAUCUUCAAUGACAUCAUCGUCAGAUGCUGAUGCAGAUUCUGAUGACAGUUUGAUUUUGCAUACUACGGAUGGUGGCUUUGGAGAUAGAAGUGGGCCAUCGUCACCUGAACCCGUUGAACUCACAUCCAUUCUGCGUCAACGAAAAGGAAGCGACUGCAAGCAGCAUGUUCCAGAGAUGAAGAGACAGCACACGUUGGAGAGAGCAACUUCAUCCAGAAUUGAUAAAUUAACCGAAGACAAUGAGGAUAUUAGAAGAAUCGUUGAAACAAUAAUCCGCAUUCUGUCUUAUGAGUUACGCUCUUCUUCUGUCCUUACACCGGACAUUUGUCAGAGUCUGUUGGAUUUGAUCAUAACGCUAGCAUCUCAACAUUUCCAAAGAGUUCCAUUAGAUCUUCUACAAGCACAGCUAGGAUCUGUCGUGUCAGAUACAGUAAAUCCAUACGUGGACUCGUCGAUGAUAGAGAAUCGAAAGCAGUUUAUGCGAGAGCUGUCUUCCAUUUUGUUGAACGAAUUAUCAUUUUUUCAUGUGUUAGACUCUGUUAAAGCAGUCCCUGAUAAGUGA